AUGGUCUCCUUCAAGUACAACUUACCUUGCAUUCUAGCAGCUGUAUCACUCGUUAAGGCAGCUUCGGCUGUGAAAGGUGUUGCCCCUGAAAAAUUCGAUUUAUACCAACCCUCCCAGGAUGGCACUUGGACCUGCUUGGACGGCUCCAAGGUGAUUCCACAUGCAGCUAUCAAUGACGACUACUGCGACUGUGCUGAUGGCUCAGAUGAACCAGGCACUUCUGCUUGUCCCAAUUCUCUUUUCUAUUGCGCCAAUGAGGGACACAUCCCCGCUUAUAUCAAGUCUUACGCUGUCAAUGAUGGUGUUUGUGAUGAAGCUUGUUGCGACGGAUCGGACGAGAAUGGAGACCUGAUUUCAUGUCCCAAUAGAUGCAAACAAGUUGGAGAGAUUUUUAGAAAAGAACAAUCUAGCUUGAAGAAAUCAACAGAAGCAGGAUUGAACGCAAAGAGACAGCUCAUUGAAGACGCACAAAAGCAAGUUGCUCAAUGGGAAGAGGAUCAGACCAAACUGGAAGACGAAAUCAUUCUCAAAAAGUCUAAUUUGCUUCGCCUUCAACGCGAAUUGCAGGAUUUAGAAUCUCGCACAGCUGGAUCUACAUCCAACAAGAGCAAUAACAAGGUCCAAUGCAAAUCAAGCUCACUGGAGGUUGCCACUUUAAAGCACGAUAUUGUCAUUUUGAAAAAGGAGCUCAAUGUGCUCAAGAGCAUUCUGGGUGACAUGAAGCGAGACCACAAUCACAAUUUCCACGACAUGGCUGUCAAGAGUGCUAUUUCAGGCUAUGAUGAAUUUGUCACUCGUUUUGCAUCGAUUGAAGCCACCAUUGAUGAUAAUUUGGAGAAUAUCAAUGCCCAUGAUGAUGAGGUGGAAGACGUUGAUGUCCAUGAUGAUGAUGAUGACAACGACGACGAUGAGGCAGAGGCAGCAUCCGUUGAAGAGAAAUCGCCUCAAAUCGAAGGUAAGCAUUCAGUUGUUGAUAUGGUUCUUGAAAAGUUGGAUUCCAUCUUGCCAUCUGCUUUGAAAACCGGUUUACUGGACAAACUACAGCCCAAAAAAGUAGUGCGAAAUGUCAGUGACGAUACUGCGAGCAAUGAUGAAGCAGCUUUGGAAAACACCCGCAAACUUGUGCGUGAAGCGGAGGAAGAAGUCCAUACUCUAGAAAUUGAUUUGGAAAAGGUCAAGAAGGAUUUGUCUACUGAUUACGGUGUGGAUAGAGAAUGGUUGAAGCUCAAGGAUGUCUGUAUUGAAAAGGAUGAGGGAGAAUAUACCUAUUCGCUCUGUUUCCUUGGCGAUGCUUAUCAAAAGAGCAACAAGGACAGUACGCGUACACAUUUGGGCAAAUUUGCAAAGUUCGAUGGUGGUGAUGAUUUAUACAAGGUGCACAUUCACAAUCAGGGUACUCGCUGCUGGAAUGGUCCUGAAAGAAGUGUCAAGGCUACCAUUGAGUGUGGUUUGAACAAUGAAAUUUUGGAUGUGUCUGAGCCAGAGAAAUGUGAAUACCACUUCCGUAUGCUAUCACCUGUUGUCUGCAGAUCAGUCGCUGAUGCCGAGAAAAAAGAGACAAUUCUCGGGCACAGCAACAACAAAAAGCCUGUUCACGAGGAGCUUUAG